AUGGAGAAUAAUAAAAAACUAACACUAUGUGAAAUUCCCAAUGCAUUUAUUCAAUUUUUUAACAAUAAAGAUUAUGAAAAUAAAUCUAAACUAUUUAAUAACACAGAAACAGAUCAAUGGUGGGUAUCUGGUGAUAAAAAUGUUUACCCAUUUGCUGGUUCUGAUUCUAUUCAAAAAAGAUUAGAUGGAUUCCAAACUCUUCAAAAUGGUUAUGACAAAUAUUCAAUGACUCUUAUUGAUCAAAUUAUUGACCAUGAAAGAAGAAUUAUGUUAGUUGUUGGUAAAACUGUAUCAAUGGGAUUCGGAAUGACAAAGGAAUAUUCUAAUGAAUAUGCAUUCAUCAUAUCUGUUAAUGAAGAUGGUAAAAUUUGUGCAAUUAAAGAAUAUUUUGACCCAAGUGCAUAUUUAAAAAUGGCCCAAAGUACUCCAUCUUUGCAAGGAAUAUUCAAAAACUUUUUCCCAGAUUCUUUUGCCCCAACAUCAAGAGAUUAA